GAUUCCGCUGGAUCUCUGUUUGUUAAUAAUCAGGCUUCGCCUCGGAGGAAGAUGUGACAGCUGUCGGAGGUCCUUCCAUCGUCCCACUGCAGCGAGCAGAGCCAACACUGGGCAACCCUCUAAAAUGUUUAUUUGGACCAGUGGCCGGGGAUCUACAUCUUACAGACAUGAUGAGAAAAGAAAUAUUUACCAAAAAAUCAGGGAUCACGACCUACUGGACAAAAGGAAAACAGUCACAGCCCUGAAAGCUGGAGAAGACCGGGCCAUACUCCUCGGGCUGGCCAUGAUGGUGUGCUCUAUCAUGAUGUACUUCCUGCUGGGAAUCACGCUGCUACGCUCCUACAUGCAAAGUGUCUGGACAGAAGAGACUCAGUGCUCGCUUCUCAAUGCAUCCAUCACAGAAACCUUUAACUGCUCAUUUAACUGCGGCCCAGAGUGCUGGAAAAUCUCUCAGUACCCCUGCCUGCAGGUGUAUGUUAAUCUCACCUCUUCUGGCCAGAAGCUUCUACUUUACCACACCGAGGAAACAAUGAAAAUUAAUUCUGAGUGUUCGUACAUCCCCAAGUGCGGGAAGAAUUACGAAGAAUCCAUGUCCCUGGUGAACGUGGUGAUGGAAAACUUCAGGAAGUACCAACGCUUCUCCUGCUUCUACGACCCCGAGGGCGUUCAGAAGAAUGUGAUCUUAACCAAACUGUACAGCUCCAACGUGCUGUUCCACUCCCUCUUCUGGCCCACCUGCAUGAUGAUCGGCGGCGUCGCCAUCGUCGCCAUGGUAAAGCUGACUCAAUACCUUUCCCUGCUCUGCGAGAGAAUCCAAAGGAUCAGCAGAUAGGAAAGGAGACUUCUCUGAGAUUUAAUUACAGUGAAAAUACUGUUUUUUCUCAUUCUUCACCAAAGAACCUUAAGUUUGUAAUGUGCAAGUCUGGUAUAAGUUCUAUAUUCUUCUAAGUAGAGCAAUAAUGCAAAAGCUGUUCUAUAUGCAAACAUGAUGUUAUUAUUAUGCAGACAAAUGAAAAAGUUACUGUUUUGUGUUGAGCGUCUCUAUGAUCUUGUUUUAAGCUGGGAUUAGUACUUUCUUUUCUACUGCCAAGAUAGGGCUCAUUGUGACCGUUGGCCAAGCUUUAGUCAAUCGAUGUUUUUGGUGUAAAAAGAUUCUGGGGAAAUUCACUGCUGGACAAAGGGCAGCCGACCACUUGUGCAUCAUUGAGGUCUCACACCUGGCUCAGUCCAUUCAAUGGAUUUGUGGCUUUGGGUUUUUUUUAAUAUUGGCAGGGUGAAUAAAGCGUUAAUUAGGGGGUUUUUUGGUAAGAUGGCACCAAAAGGAUGUAUUUUGAGUUUGGGAUAAGCAGACAGUAUUUUCAGCCUCAGCAGGACUUGGUGAUGCUUUGUGUUUGCUCCCUCAGUUCAGAAGUCAAUUGUACCCUAUGGUGUUUAUGAGGUCUAUUGGAAAACACUUUGGAGUUUUAUUUUGUGUAGUGCUAUAAUUUUCUUCUGUCUUAUCAAUAUAAUUUUUUGUCACUUGAAGAAGCUGUAGCCAAAAAGCAAAAAACACCUUGUUCCAUUUUGUAUUCUAGUCUGAGCCCUAUUGAUGGAGGUGGGACCAGAACUCCUUAUUUAAAGGUUUAUUAUUCAUUUGUCUUGUAUUUGCUACCAUAUCACUGUAAAGAAAAAAAUAACACUAUCAGCUAUUUUUUCAUUUUUUACUUCCAACUAUUUUAGAUUUUUUUACUUGAUAUAUAUACAGAUAUAUAUAUAUAAAGAAAAAGAUAUAUUAUAUCUAGUUGUGUAUUGAAACUUGUUUAGGGGGGUUUUUUCUUUGUUUUUACCCACUGGAAAAUGAAUAGUACAACUCAUGUAUUUGUAACCUUCGUCCUUGGAUAAUAUCAUAACAUGGAGAAGCAGCACUGCAGGAUCUUAUCCAAUAUUCAUGAUGUUGUUUCAGUCAAAGGUCUCUGCUGCUAUGACAUGGGAAAUGACAAAAAUCUCAUCCACUUCUAUGGCUCUAUUAACUGAAUUGUUAGAUAAUCAUCACAACACAUUUGGAAAUCUCUCCUGACCUUAACUCACUAUGCAGUGCUGGCUGACGUGAAUUUUUAUUUACAUGACCCAGGUGCAAUGAUUUAUUGGAAAAACUGAGAAUCUGUCAAAAUUGUUGUCCUAUCUGUCAAAUAUUUACCACAGUAUACUUGCCAGUUUAAUUUCAUACACACUGUAGUCACAAUUUCUGCAUAAUUUAUUUUUAUUCCCCUGUAGAAAACAUUUCUUAUGUUUUAAAGACACCUCUCUCAGUUCCUCAUAUUGCACCCGGCCUGAAGGACAAACACAAGGCACAUCUUGGGAGCAAUCCUGUGAACUCAUUAUCCAAUAGCUCAAAGAAACCAUAAUACAGGUCUACUCAAACCAAGGAAAUAACAAUUUCCCUUCAAAAAGACUGCAAAUCAAGUAUUCUGCCUAGUUCAUCUAUCUAUAUAUAUAUAUAUAUAUAAGUACCUUUCCUCAUCAUAGCAUUAAAAAUUUCAAGAUGUUACAAAACAAGUCAUGCAAGUGUAAUGUGAGCUGUAAAAAAAAAAAAAAAGAGUUCUCAGCAGUGAAAAUA